AUGGAUAUGUGCAGUGACGCUCCCUCGAUAUGCUCGCGAGACUCGAUUGAAGAUAUUUGGGGGCCGAGAACACUGUAUGUUCAUCAGUGGCCUACGAGGGUUGAUCAUGCUUGUGAUGAGGAGCCGGAGAAAUGGGUGCAGAGUGCAUGUGUGCUGUGCAGUAAUGGCUGUGGGCUUGACAUGGGUGUAAAAGAUGGCAAGGUCGUCGGUGUGAGAGGCCGUGCCACUGACCGUGUCAACAAAGGGAGACUGGGCCCCAAAGGUCUCAAUGGGUGGAAGGCAAUCAACAGCAAAGAACGGCUCACUCAUCCCCUGAUCCGCCGAAACGGCAAGCUAGAGCGCGCAACUUGGGAUGAAGCCAUGGAUCUCAUUGUCAAAAAGUCAAAACAACUUGUUGAGAAACUCACAGCCCAUAGUAUCGCUUUCUACACCAGUGGGCAGCUAUUUCUUGACGAAUACUAUGUUCUUGCCUUGAUUGGAAAAGCUGGACUGAACACGCUUCACAUGCGAGCAUCUCAUUGUUCACCAGAGGAAGAAGGUAGACUAAUGCAGUUUUAUAGGGAUGGUAACACCAGACUCUGCACUGCAACAGCGGCAGCUUCAAUGAGAGAGUCAUUUGGGUCCGAUGGAUAG